AUGUGUGGGAUGGACAGAUGAUGGGUGGUAAUUCCAAUUCCACCAGUCAUCAUCGGUUUGUUUUGUUUAUUCGUACAUUUGCCUCUAUAUAUUCUGGUAUUGUGCAUCAUUACCAAUGUGAUUCCGAACGACUCGAGUUAUCAAAAUGCGAUGACGGACGGAAAAGCAAAAACCAUUCCGCACCAGCCAAGCAGUUCGUUCACAUUUUGAUUUCACCUCCAGUGUCAACUUAUAUGUAGGUAGCUUUAACGAUAGGCAACUCAGUGACUUAAACUUCAAUCAGUUUACUAAAGAUGCUUUCCAGAACUGUUAUUCGUUCUGUUUUUACAAGUUUAAAAGUUCCGAGGAUCACAAACCACAGAUCGAUAGCAUGUUUGGCGGCGCUUUCGGAAACGCACCAAAUGCUCCAGAAGACAUGCCGAGACUUCACCGAUAGCGAAAUAAUGCCGGUCGCCGGCAAAAUCGAUAAGGAUCAUGUUUAUCCGGCCGAGCUGGUGGCCAAAGUCGGUGACCUCGGGUUGAUGUCGAUUGUCCUCAGCGAAAAGUACGGCGGUACCGGAUUGGACUAUCUGGCAUAUGCGAUUGCAAUGGAAGAAAUUUCCCGAGGAUCUGCCUCGAUCGGCGUGACGAUGUCGAUUCACAAUUCCCUUUACUUGGGUUUGCUGGAAAAGUAUGGCACCGAAGAACAGCGACAACGAUUUAUACCAGGCUUUUUGGAUGGUCGCAAGAUCGGGUGCUUCGCGCUAUCGGAACCGGCGAAUGGAUCGGAUGCUGGGGCGGCUGCGACUACUGCCACCUUGAAGGGAGAUCGCUGGAUAUUGAAUGGUACUAAAUGUUGGAUUUCAGGAGGAUACGAAGCCGCAAAUGGAAUCGUUUUCGCUACUACUGAUAAGUCAUUGAAACAUAAGGGUAUCUCGGCUUUUAUAGUUCCUAUGGAUUCGCAAGGUCUAAGCCGGGGAAAGAAAGAGGAAAAAAUGGGCAUCCGAGGAACGUCCACAUGUCAGUUGAUAUUUGAGGAUUGUGAGAUUCCUAAGGAAAAUCUGUUGGGCGGCAAACCCGGAUAUGGGUUCAAGAUAGCUAUGCAAUCUCUGGAUGCUGGCCGUAUCGGAGUGGCUAGUCAGGCGCUGGGGAUUGCUCAGGCAUCGUUAGAAUGUGCCGUGGAUUAUGCAAAUAAGCGAGUGGCCUUUGGAAAGCCGAUCAGCAAGCUGCAAGCUAUUCAGGCCAAGAUAGCCGAUAUGGCAGUCCGAGUAGAAUCGGCUCGAUUACUCAUCUGGAGGGCAGCUUGGCUUAAGGACAAUGGUAAACAAUUCACCAAGGAAGCUGCACAAGCUAAGCUGACGGCAUCUGAAGCGGCCACCUUUUGUGCCCAUCAGUGUAUCCAGGUUCUGGGAGGCAUGGGUUAUGUGUCCGAUAUGCCGGCCGAGCGAUACUAUCGUGAUGCAAGAAUAACGGAGAUCUACGAGGGCACCUCCGAGAUUCAACGCUUGGUUAUUGCGGGGCAAGUUAUCAAGGAACUUUCGGGUUAAUGUUAAAAUGUGAAUAAAUAUGUUGAAUAUUAAAAGCUUAUUUAAGAAAAUUA